AUGGAAGGCCACCGGAUCAAGUUCCUGCUGUGUUCUACAUAUGAUGUCCUGCCCACCCCAUCAAACCUCCAUACUUGGGGAAUGGUAGAGAGCCCCAGCUGCACACUCUGCGGAAAGAUAGCUAACCUGGAGCAUGUCCUCUCCUCUUGUCACUCAAGUUUAGCAGAUGGCAAGUUCCGGUGGCGUCAUGACCAGAUCCUUGCUCAGCUGGCAGAGGGUGUUGAGCAGGCCAGGAAGAAGACAAGGCACCUCUCUAAUGGGCCUUGCUUCAUCCACUUCCUCAGGGCAGGUGAAAGCGCAGCAGCAGGAGGGAGGAACAAAGGAGUCCUGGCCACGGCAAACGACUGGGAGAUGCGGGCCGACCUGAAGAAGCAGCUCAAAUUCCCAGAGGAGAUAGCCCACACUACCCUGAGACCUGAUAUUGUUCUGUGGUCUAGAGGAACCAAACAGGUGGUGCUUAUCGAGCUGACAGUACCUUGGGAAGAGAGGAUGGAGGAGGCGUACGAACGUAAGCUCAGGAAGUACCAAACCCUCAUCCUCGAGAGCCAGCAAAAUGGAUGGAAAGCCUGGAACCUACCGGUGGAGGUCGGCUGUAGAGGUUUUGCGGGGCGGUCGCUCUGGAGAGCCCUCGGACUGCUAGGGAUCGAGGGGCUGGCUAGGAAGCGGCUGGUAGCCAACACCACUAAAAGGGCAGAGGAAGCAUCACGCUGGAUUUGGAUACAAAGAAAGGUGCGGUGGCAGAGCCGACCUACUGAAGGACUAGGGACAUAGAGUUGGGUGGCAUUCGGCAGGGGUAGAUCCAGGACGCUGGAUCUGCCGUCGAGCCCCUCCGAAGCGUCAUGGGCUUAAUUCGACGAAACGUUGAUGACGGGGGGUGCCCAUUUGAGAACCUGCUGAU